UCGCCCGGGCGGCGGAGGGAGACUGGGCCGGCCCGGGCCUCCAGCAGCCGCCCUCGCCCCGCCGGCCACCGCGCAGGAUUCCCGGAGCCAGGCCUCGCCCGAGCUACGAUGGCGGCGGCGGAACCGAGCGCCCUGCCGCUACUGCGGGACGAGGCGGUGGAAGCGGCGAGCGGCGGCGGCGACCUGGAGGUCAACCCUUUCGACGGACUGCCCUUCUCCUCCCGCUACUACGAGCUGCUGAGCCGGCGGCGCCGCCUCCCCAUCUGGGCCGCCCGGUUCGCCUUCCUGGAGCAGCUGGAGGGCGGCGCCGGACCCGUCUUGGUCUCGGGCGAGCCGGGCACCGGCAAGAGCACGCAGGUGCCUCAGUGGUGUGCAGAACAAGCCCUCUCGGUGCAGUUUGCCCAUGGCCGCGUGGUCUGCACCCAACCUCAUAGCUUGGCAGCCCUCAGCCUGGCACUGCGUGUGGCAGAUGAGAUGGACCUCAACGUGGGCCAUGAGGUUGGCUAUUGUGUGCCCUACGAGGACUGCUGUGUCCCAGAGACCCUGCUCAGGUUUUGCUUGGACGAAGUCCUCUUGCAAGAGAUGACCUCGGACCCACUGCUGCAGCAGUAUGGGGUGGUGGUGCUAGACGAGGCUCAGGAGCGUACUGUGGCCACAGAGCUGCUGCUGGGGCUGCUGAAGGAUGUCCGGCACCAGCGCCCGGAGCUGCGCCUGGUGGUGGUGACCGAGCCCCUCCUGGAGGAGCGGCUGCGCCAUUUCUGCCAGGAUGCCCCUGUGGUGCGGGUCCCGGGGCUCAGCCCGGACCCAUGCUUGACCUACAGGGAACCCCUCCCGGGGGGGCACAUCCCUGCCGCCUGCCAAGCUGUGCUGGAGCUUCAUCAGCGAAAGGAGGUUGGCGACGUGAUGAUCUUCAUGGCCAGUGAGCAGGAGAUCUGUGUGUGUUGUGAAGCCCUUCGGACAGAGGCUGCGACCUUGGAGGCCAGCCUGGGACCUCUGCUGGUGCUGCCCCUGCAUCCGGCUGUGGGGAGAGACAUGCAGAAGUUGUAUGAGGACAGCCUGGACUACCAGGCACGCCGAGUCAUCAUCACCCACUGGCUGGCAGACGCAGCCUUUUCUGUGGGGAGCGUCAGGCAUGUCAUCGAUGCAGGGAUGGAGCUGCGCAACGUGUACAACCCACGGAUCCGGGCUGUGUCACAGGAGCUGCGCCCCAUAAGCAAGCGGCAGGCCGAGGCCCGGCGGCUCAGGGCUGCCGGGACACCUCCAGGGACCUGCUUGCGCCUCUAUUCAGAGGCCUGCUAUGAGCAGAGGCUGCCAGCCGCCUCCCCCACCCACCUCACGGAGGCUGACCUUCGCCGGCCCAUCUUGCUGCUCAAGAGGCUGGACAUUGCGGACGUGGGCCAGUGUGACUUUCUGGACAGGCCAGCACCUGAGUCCCUGAUGCAGGCCCUGGAGGACCUGGACUACUUGGCUGCCCUGGAUGAUGACGGGAACCUUUCUGAGGUGGGCAUCAUUAUGUCAGAGUUCCCUCUGGAUCCCCAGCUGGCCAAGGCCCUCCUGGCCUCCUGCGAAUUUGACUGCGUGGAGGAGAUGCUGACGCUGGCUGCCAUGCUGACGGCCUGGCCAUGUUUCCAGACCCCCAUUGCGCGCUGGGAGGAUGCCGUGGUGGCCCGGCAGCAAGCCCUGCUGCACCCCGCAGGAGACCACUUCACCCUCAUCAACGUCUUCAAUGCAUUCCACCAGCAGAGUGACCCCGAAAGCUGGUGCCGGAAACACGCGGUGAGCGAAGUGGCCCUGCAGCUGGCCAGAGCCGUGCGGGCAGAGCUCCUGGACGUGAUGCGGCGGAUUGAGCUUCCGGUCUCCCCGCCAGCCUUUGGCACCGACAGCAACGUCCUGCAGCUGAAACGAGCCCUCCUUGCGGGCUUCUUUCUCAAGGUCGCCCGGGACAUUGAUGGCUCGGGCAACUACCUGCUGUUGACCCACAAGCACUUGGCCCAGCUGCCCCCCAGCUGCUGCUACCGCCUGCGCCACCCACCCCCACGGCCCCCCUCCUGGGUGCUCUACCAUGAGUUCACCAUCUCCCAGGACAACUGCCUGAGGGUCGUCUCUGAGGUCCAGCCAGACUUUGUGGCUGAACUGGCCCCCCAGUACUUCCUGAGUAAUUUGCCCCCCAGCGAGAGCCGGGACUUGCUGUUGGAGCUGCGGGGGAAACUGGCAGGGGAUGCAGAGUUACCUGCCCCCCUCUCGGGUCAAGGGGAGAAACCCCAGACCCACAAGGCUGCCGAGGAUGGGGAAGAUUCCUGUGCGCUGCAGUGACUCGGAAGGAAGGCAGGAAGGAAGGGUCUGUGGAGUCCCGUUGCCACUCAAGGACAGCAAAGGCCUUGGACCUGCCGGGAGUUGCCCUGGUUUCCCCCAGCACACAACCGAGGCUGUCCGAAUGUCUGCGAAGCUCCUCAUGCUCUCUGGGAAGAGUGGGCAGAGCAGGGAGGCUGCCACUUUGAGUGGCCUGGCCGCAAACUGGCCGCUUUUGGGAUUGCACCUUAGCUGGGACCGUUGGGUGGUGGAGGGCAGGAGGAGGGCAUCUGGCCACCUGGAGCCCUGUCCUUUUGACUGGUGACCCUGCUCCCAUUUGGGCAGAGAUAGCCAGCUAUGGGUCUACUGUCUGGCAAUGCGAGGGGGUUCUCCUCUGGGGUCUGAAUGGCCUUUCUGCCCCCCUGCCCCAAUCCCCUCCUCAGGGAGAGGUGCAAGGCAGCUGGGGCCCCUUAGGUUCUUCUAGGCAUCUUCAGUUGGCAGCCUUGGCAAGCAACAGGGCACUCCAGCAGUGGUGGUCUUUCCCCUCUCUGCUGGGGGUUUGGGACAGGCCUGGAGACCCCUAUAGCAUUCUUCUGCUUGGUACAGGAAGAAGCUGCCAGCUACUCCCCCAUUCUCCAAAGAGCCCCUUUCCCUUUUUCUCAGAGCAUGUGUGGGGGGGGGGGCUUUAUUGUCCCCCUUACUUGCCUUCAGCUUCAACUGGAGGCUCCUGCUGAGCUGUCCUGACCAUUUUUGUUAAUUGCUGAGGAUAGGGAAGAAGCCUGGGGAGCAGCCUUGCCUUUUUUGUAUGUGCCUAAAAAGCAUUUUGUGCACCUUGGGAACAGUGGGUAUGCGUACGCUUGUGGGGCGAACCCCAGCAGGCUCCGCAGGGCCUGGCUGCUCUGGACAGUCCUGCCUGUGGGAAUUAAAUUCUUUUAAACAUCCAAA